GGUACAUUCCAUUCGCAACAGGCAAUUGAAUAUGGAACUACUUUAGUUGGUGGCGUUUCUCCCAAAAAAGAAGGUACAGCUCACUUAAGAUUGCCUGUGUUUAAUGCUGUAGCUGAAGAAUUAUUG